AGUUGCGGAAGAUCUCAUGUGUACGGAAACUGAAAUCAAAAUACAUAACUAUUCGAAAUAAUCAUUUAAAUAAUUUGAAUGCGUAAAUAAUGGUAAAGUUAACAGCAGAACUGAUCGAGCAGUCGGCUCAGUAUACAAACCCUUUACGUGACAGGGAGCUCGACCUUAGAGGUUACAAAAUUCCUGUUAUAGAAAAUAUGGGUGCAACCCUGGACCAGUUUGACACCAUUGAUUUUUCUGACAACGAGAUCCGAAAGAUUGAUGGCUUUCCACUGCUGCCACGCCUCAAAUCUUUAUUGUUCAACAACAAUAGAAUUGUACGAAUAGCUGAGGGGUUAGAACAAGGGAUCCCUAACUUGGAAUCGCUGAUCCUCACCAACAACGGUAUUCAGGAACUGGGCGAUCUUGAUCCAUUAGAAUCUCUCAAAAACCUAACAUAUCUCAGUCUGAUGAGAAAUCCCGUCACAACAAAGAAACAUUUCAGAUUAUAUGUCAUAAACAAGGUUCCAACAUUAAGAGUGCUAGAUUUUCAAAGAGUAAAGAAAAAGGAGCGUGAUGCAAGCAACAAGAUGUUCAAGGGCAAGAAAGGGCAGGCGCUGGCAGCAGAUAUUGGCAAGCGGAGUAAGACGUUCGUACCAGGCGAGGGACUGCCAGAGAAGAGAAUGGAGGGACCAUCCAGGGAGGAUGUGGCGGCCAUUAAGGCUGCAAUUGCCAAUGCGAAGACCCUGGAGGAGGUUGAGAGGCUGAACAAUAUGUUGAAGACCGGUCAGAUCCCCGGGCGGGCAGCACUACACAAGCAAUUACACGGUGAGGAGGAGAUGGAGACCAAUGGAACAUGAUUUAUACGAUGCAAUUCAUCAUUUAUCAUCAGUUUAUCACACUUAUUUAGUUUCUGUCAUGUCUAUUACUGCAAUAUUGGGCCAUACAUUUUUCAUAUUAAACGUUCAGUAAACAGUGCUGGAAAAGUUCAUCAAAAUAUCUUUUUUUCUGAAUAAAAAAAAGUUAAAACUAAAAGGGUGGUAAAUUCCAGAUGUUUAUAUGGCUUCAAAAAUAGUUUGUAGAAUUAAGACGUUAAAUUAGUAGAAUUAAAACAUUUGGGGCCUGACAUGUUUGUAGGGUGAUUUUUGUAUUGUAUUAUUGUGUUACAUGUUGAUAAACAUGAAUAUCAGUUAUUGAGACUGAUAAGAACAGAGUUACUGACACUACUUAAGCACACGAAUGUGUUACAUUUGUGAAUGUUUAUUAUUAAGUAUUGUGACUACAUGAGGUCUGAAUAAAAGAUUGAGAAGUGA